GCCUCAAAUUCUUUGCCAAUACUCCUUGCCGCGCUAUUACCCUCCCUUUUAUCUACCGCGAACAAACCUUCUUUUUUUCUACGAAGGAAUCAAAUUGAGGAAUGUGUAGAAAGCGAGAUGAAUUUGAACGGAGUCAACGUUUGGAUACCAUCUAAUUCUGGAGGAACCUACUUGUUCCAGGAAGCAUCAGAUAUCCUGCCGCUUAGUAACACUGAUUCACGACAACAUUCCUGUGAGAAGCAAGAUGAUGAUCAGGUCGCGUGGACCAAUGACCGAAGCAGGGCUCCUGUGAAUGGAUUUAUUGGAAAUAGAAUCAAGAGUUUUAUGUGUAAAAAGAAUUUGGACAUGGGCAAGCAGAUGGUCAACAAUUUGGCUGACUUGAGAAAUCAGCCUUCAGUAGAUGCUGUUUGUAAGGAUCAUGUGUGGAAGGAGAUACUUUCACGUGAAUAUCAAAACCUAAUCCAGCAAGAAGCUUAUUAUCAACAAGCAUGGCAGGAUGAAGCAAAGGAUUUUCUUUCGUUCAACUUGACACCCAUUUCCCAUUCAAUAGACCUGGGUGAUUCACCUCUUCUUUGCAGCUCAAAUUUGCAAUCUGCACAGCAUGAUCUCUCAGCGGCUUCUUGCAUGAAUUACAGCAUGCUCCAAACAGGAUCCUCAGCUAAUAAGUCCCCAGUCAGUGUGUCACAUGUUCCCGAAGAGAUUGUUGAUUCUCCUGAACCGUUCUCAUCUGUUACUGUAUCCUCUGAUGGAGAAUGGAAUGCCAAUAAGGAGCCUUAUGAAGAUGGACUAAUGUAUUCUGAUAGCAGUUUGCUGAGUAUCUCUGAAUCAAUAUCGAAAAGUUCAAUUAAGCCUCAGUAUUCUGAUGGGGUUGAAUUCAAUCUCAGAAAUUAUGGAGGAUAUUUGGAAAGUAGUCAGAAUAUUUAUCAUGAGAAUGUUCCUGCAUCGCAUGGACAAAGUUUGUCUCGUCUGAAUCGUUGGACUUCAGAACCGGACAUUAAGCCGUUUUCUGAAGACAACACUUUGCCAACUGCAAUAUCUUAUCAGCUGCCUAAUCUGAGAUCACAUGGGUGCUUGGUGGAGCAAGAUGCUUCUAUAAGUAAUGUAUCAAGACAAAGGUCAAGUUUACCCAAUUUAUUCCAGCUUUUCCCAGAGCAAUUACCUAGUAUUCAGCAACAAGAUUUUCAUCAACUUCACAAUGGUUUUUCAAAUGGAUUUGGCUGUGAUGAGGAAUGUAAUGACUAUAGCUCUUAUAUCAAUGAAGCUACUUUACCUCCAUCAAAGCGAAAGAGGGUGGAAAAUUUCCCUGUGCUUCAUUUUGGACCUUUCAAUGCUGAUGCUGGUUCUAGCAAUCAGCAGUCGCCUGUUGCUGGACAUUUAUCGUUAGGACAGUACUCUGAAGGUCCUACUUGCAGCAAAAGGAGUAAGACAAAUAUCAGUAACAAAAUCGCAAGCUGUGUGAAGGAUCUGAAUAUAGCUGGUGGAUCCUGUAAUCUUCCCAGUGUCGACAUGAUGCGGGUUGACAAUGGUUAUUAUUUUUCCUCUACAGAGCUCAGCAAUGGUUCUGAACUGCAGAAGAUAGAGCAUACAUGCACCAGUGGAACUGAAAAUAGUGAGAUUGACAAUUCUCCCAAAAUAAGCUUAGAUGGCUCGUAUUUUCUUCCUGUACAGCCCUCUGAUGAUCAACGAGAGGAGAUACAACAAACAUCUAAGUAUAACCAGACCACUUCAGCAACACGAAGCGAUUUGAUUGAACCGAAAGUUAAUUGCCAGAUGGGAAUGAGGUCAAGUACAGAAGACUCCAAGAGGCUGAGUGUUUCAUUGACGGACUUUUUCACGGUUGAGCAGUUGAACAAUCAUAUCUACAGCCUCAGUCAGUAUAAUCAGGGAUCAACUGGGAAUAUGAAACUACAUUCUGUCUGUGAAAAUAUAUGCCAGUUAUGUGGCACAGAUAGGUUUGUUUUUGUCCCCGUACCUAUAUAUUGCUCAUCUUGUUGUGCUCGUAUCAAGCGCAACUUGGUAUAUUAUUGGACUGUGGACAAAGCCGGUGCACGACAUUGCUUUUGUACAAGAUGCUUUAGGAAGUCUCGUGGCGAUAAUGUCUCAUCCCGAGGACUAUCAAUUAGCAAACAGAAGUUUCAAAAGGCAAAAAAUAGUGAGCAAAAUGAAGAAUCGUGGGUACAAUGUGAUAAAUGCGAGUGCUGGCAGCAUCAAAUAUGUGCUCUCUACAAUGCUAAAAAAGAUCUGGAAGGACAAGCAAAGUACAUAUGUCCAUUUUGCUGCUUAGAGGAGAUAGAAGCAGGAGAGCGUGUGCGUGUGCCUUUACGUGCGACUCUUGGAGCCCAAGAUCUUCCAAGGACUAUGCUCAGUGAUCACAUUGAGCACAGAUUGUUCAGGCGCCUCAAGCUAGAGAGGGAUGAGAGAGCAAAAUUGUCAGGACAAGAUGCAGAUGAGGUACUUGGUGCAACAGAUCUAGUUGUCAGAGUGGUAUUGUCUACUAACAAAAAGUUGAAAGUGAAGCAGCAAUUUUUGGAUCUCUUUCACAAUGAAAAUUAUCCAAUGGAGUUCCAGUACAAAUCAAAGGUGAUUCUACUGUUUCAGAAUAUCGAAGGAGCAGAUGUUUGCCUCUUCGGGAUGUAUGUCCAGGAGUUUGGAUCAGAAUGUGCUCCUCCGAAUAAACGCUGUGUCUAUAUAUCAUAUCUUGAUUCUAUCAAGUACUUUAGACCUGAGAAAGAAACUGUGAAAGGGGAAGCUCUACGUACGUUUGUAUACCAUGAAAUACUGAUUGGAUACCUGGAUUACUGCAAAAAGCGAGGUUUUACAACAUGCUAUAUAUGGGCUUGCCCACCUGUAAAAAGUGAAGACUACAUCUUGUAUUGCCAUCCAGAAUCUCAGAAAAUACCAAAACCAGACCAACUUCGGCGGUGGUAUAGGUCAAUGUUAAGGAAAGCAUCUGAAGAGGAUAUCGUGGUGAACUAUACUAAUUUAUAUGACCACUUUUUUGUUCCGAGUGCAAGGAAUAAUGCCAGGAUAAGUGCGGCUCAUUUGCCAUAUUUCGACGGAGACUAUUGGUCAGGUGCUGCAGAAGAUUUAAUUAGGAAUAUUGACAAAGAGAGCAGAGGUGAUUCACCAAAUAAAGUGAACAAGCUAAUGACAAAGAGGGCGCUAAAAGCAAUUGGAUAUAACAAUCUUUCUGCUGAUGCAACUAAAGACAUUCUGGUGAUGCAAAAGCUGGGACAAACUAUCUUACCUGUGAAAGAAGAUUUCAUCAUUGUAAACUUGCAUGUUGUGUGCACAAACUGCCAUGACGCAAUAUUAUCCGGAAGUCGAUGGUUUUGUUACCAGUGCAGAAACUUCCAUCUAUGCGAAAGGUGUCUUGCUUUGAAGGAAAACUUUGGUGAGCAGAAAACACACACUUCCAUUAAUGGAGAAAAGCAUUUACUUUCUGAGGUUGUGGUGGACGAUAUACCUGCUAAUACGGAGGACCGAGAUACCAUUAUAGAUAAUGAUCUUUUCGAGAAUAGGCAUUCUUUUUUGAGCUUCUGCCAGCAAAAUCACUAUCAGUUUGACACACUCCGUCGUGCUAAGCAUUCAUCGAUGAUGAUAUUGUAUCAUCUCCACAAGAAGAUUCACUUGUCCGAAACUGACUCUGGCAUUGGAGGUGAGCAAUUCGAGGGGCAAAAACUGCUGCAGGUCAAAUUAAUGGGCGUACUGGUGCAUGCAUCACAAUGCCGUGCAACCCCAAGUAAUCCCUGCUCGUACUCUGGAUGCCUCAAAAUUAGAAAACUUUUUCAACAUGCAAGUCGGUGCAAUCUUAGAGUUCCAGGGGGUUGCGAACUUUGUUUAAAAACCUGGUCGCUACUGCAUUGGCAUUCACAGACAUGUCAGGAUUUCAGUUGCCUAGUUCCUCGUUGCAUGGACAUUAGAAAGCACGUAGCAAGGAAUUCAUCGCUUCAGAGAGGUGGAAGGGAUUAGCAUCUACAUGAAAUUACAUUGCCAUGAUCAUCCUAGUGUAUAUUCAUCACAAGAUCACAAGUGUAUAGUCAUCUCAGUAAUUGACAACGUUGACUUGAUGUACAGUGACACCAGCUCAUCAGCCGUGGCCAAGUUUUGUGAAGAUUGCCACAAAUCCUUCUCAAGAUCCUAGUACAUAUGUUAGCAUGAAAUGUACAUAGAAUUGCCAUUGUAGUUGAGUAACAUGGUUUAGGACUUAGUUUGCCUCACAAGAUAACCCCUUAUAUGGGAGAUACAGAAAUUUCUGUAGAUGAAUAUAGUACAAAGAGUUAAGUUAGUCUUAAGUGUAGUUGUCUUUGUAGAUAAGCACAGCACAAGUUGUUAAUUUAGUUGAAGCGUAGUUACAUCGGUGCGUCACUAGAUGUCGUUCAAGCUUUCAUUCUGGUGGCACAAUUCCUGUUGAUAAUAUAAUUCAGAUCCUAAGUAGAUUGUAUCUCUCUUGGCCAG